AACCAUUUUAAAAGAAUUAUCUUUACAAAAGUGCGGCCAGCACCCCGAGGCUCUGUUUUCUGUUCUCCUUCAUUUGAUAUAGGCCUAGGUCUGGGAAGUCAUAGGGUAGAAUUUUUUUCUUGUCCAUGUUGUCUCUUGACAACACAGAGAAUUGGCAAGUGAUCUUUAAUCUUAAAAUCUUCUUAGAAAUUUUACUAGUCUGUGAACCCCAAAUGGGGGAACUACUGUCUUAGAAAACCAAACCAUGUUGGGGUCCCACACCUGUAGGGAGGACUGGCUCUGCUGGGCUACCAGAGGCACAAGAAGAAAACCGUUUGUUUUUGCAAACCACAAGUUGUUUCUUUGUAGCUUUGUUCGGGUUUUAGUUUGUUUUAAUUUUAGAGACAGGGUUUCUCUGUGUAGCCCUGGCUGUCCUGGACCUCACUCUGUAGACCAGGCUGGCCUUGAACUCACAGAUCUGCCUGCCUGUGCCUGUAGGUGUGGGGGUUAAAAGCGUGCACCGCCACCACUCAGCUCCACUAGAAGUUCUUUCAAUUACAGGGCUGGUGGAGAGAGUUCAUGAUGUUUCCAAGGCUGAUGGCCACUCGGAAGAGAAGACUUUAUCUUCGAGCAGCCUGGAAGGCAAGGGCAAGGAGACAAUGCCCAGUGACUUUUGGGACCACCUGAAAGAGCAGCUGUCGUCUGUGCCCCCUGACUUCAGCUGUGCUCUUGAACUUCUGAAAGAGGUCAGGGAGAUCCUGUUGUCGCUGCUGUUACCACGUCAGAACCGCCUAAGAAGUGAGAUCGAAGAGGCUCUAGACAUGGACUUCCUCCAUCAGCAAGCUGACCGUGGGGACCUGAAUGUCACCUAUCUCUCUAAGUACAUUCUCAACAUGAUGGUCUUGCUGUGUGCACCAGUCCGAGACGAAGCCGUGCAGAGACUGGAGAACAUCACGGACCCCGUGCGGCUACUGAGGGGCAUCUUCCAAGUGCUGGGACUGAUGAAAAUGGACAUGGUGAACUAUACCAUUCAGAGCCUGCAGCCCCAGAUGCAGGAGCAUUCCAUCCAGUUUGAGCGGGCCCAGUUCCAGGAGCGUCUCAACAAGCAGCCUAGCCUCCUCGAUCACACCACCAAAUGGCUGAUGCAGGCUGCCACAGACCUCUCCAGCCCGCCUGCAAUGUGCCAUGACACACUGGAGUCGAGUAUACCUGGUCCAUCUCCCAGUGACAUGGAUUCCCCGGAGCCACUCAGCCCUUCGAUGGUGCUGUCCCAGGGAUUCCUGAACCUUCUCCUCUGGGAUGCAGAGGACGAAGAGUUUCCUGAGACCCUGCUGAUGGACAGAGCCCGGCUGCAGGAGCUGGAGUUGCAGCGAAGCCAGCUAACCGUCCUUGCAUCCGUCCUGCUGGUGGCCAGUAGCUUCUCUGGCAGCGUACUGUUCGGUUCGCCCCAGUUUGUGGAUAAACUGAAGCGAAUAACAAAGUCCCUGGUGGAGGAUUUCAACUCCAGGCCCGAGGAGACCAUGUGCACUGUGAGUGACCAGGUGACCCAGGAGAUCCACCAGAGUCUUAAAAGCAUGGGCCUUAGCCCUCUGAGCAGUGACAACACCGCGUCUCUGAUAGGACAGCUCCAGAACAUUGCCAAGAAAGAGAACUGUGUCCGCAGCGUCAUUGAUCAGCGGAUCCAUUUGUUCCUCAAAUGCUGCCUGGUUCUUGGAGUGCAGCGAUCCCUGAUGGACCUUCCUGGAGGCCUCACUCUCAUCGAAGCAGAGCUGGCAGAGCUGGGCCAGAAGUUUGUCAGCCUCACACAACACAAUCAGCAGGUCUUUGGUCCCUACUACACGGAGAUUUUAAAACCCCUCCUCUCCCCAGGCCAGGUCUGAUGGGAGAGUGGAGAAUCUCUGACAGCAGGAGCCCAGGAGAAAGACCUAUCUUCCUGAAGUGACAUCACCGGUAACCAGCGGGGCAGUGAGUCCCCUCCAUACCUUGUACCUCCAUAGCCAGCAUACAUGGGCUGUAGG